UAAUAUCGGUCGCAAUUUAUUUUUGCUUCACUGAGUAACAAAGUAAUUUAUGUAAAUAGUACUAAUUAACCCAAGACGAGAAGUAACAUUAUAUAUUUAUUAAGAAAGAAAGAAAAUAAAAUUUAUUGACCUACCUACGAACAAAAAAAAAAACCAUUACGUAACAGAAAAAGAAGGAAAAUAAUUAUCCAUUCAUUGAAAAUAUAUAUUUAUAAAACCGAAAAAAAAUCCUACAAAAUAUAUAGAUGCUAGGAAAAAAUUUUGAGCAUUUUGCUCCAUCGUUAAAAGUAUAUCAAAAAUUGUAUAGGUAGAUAAAAAUUAAUAUACGAGUUAUUAUCUUAUUUUUUACAUUCAAACCAAUAAAGCAGCGAAAAUCUUAAUAUCAUACGAACAACAUAGAUUUUCCCGAUUUUCUCUCAUCGCUCCUAUAUUAUGCUAGUUCGCUAGGUUAUUAGGUCACAAUAAUAUUGCAAUCCAUAAUAAUCGAGAGAUAAAUGUGUUUUUCUAUGUAAACUCUUGCAGUUUUCACUUGAUCUUAUAAAUCUACAUUGUCACGUCGUAUCCCUUGCGGGGUAGACAAUAAUAUCGAAUAUAUGUAACCAAAAUUGGCACGAUAAAAAUAAUUUGCAGAACUAUUUAAAGUAAUGUGUUACUUGAUUUGUUUAUGUAAUUAAAAUUCAUAAUAAGAUAGUUUAUGUAUCGGGCACAGGAGCAAACAGUCCAUUAAUGAUAACAAAUUAACUUUAAAUGACGUAUCCGGUCGCAGAUAAACUGUGACCCCUGUUCCCAGAUGUAGUGGCAUUGUGAGCGAGCAAUCAUAAGAACGACAUGUUUCUCAAAAUAAUUAUCGUCAUCUUUUGCAUCUGUAAAUUCGGAUUUGGCCAAGAUGUCCAAGAAAAUUUUGAUAAUAGCGAUGAGAGUCUCAUCAACGGGGAAAAGAAACUUAGCGACAAUAUUCUCGAGAUCCUGGAGCACUUCAAACAGCCGAACCCAAUCGGCAUCCCCGGAGCCAGCAUACCUGAACCAUACCCCGUACCUGACAUGAAACAGACACUCACGUUCGGAACAACACUGUACUUUAAAAACACAGCCGUCUAUGGCAUUAACAAGUUCCGGAUACUGUACGUCAAUGCUGAAAUUGGUGCUCUCGAGGUUCAAGCUGUCAUGGCCAUUGAAAAAAUACAGGCACGUGGAAACUACACCAUGUCUACUUGGUUAAAUAGAGCUCAAGGACCUUUCACGGUUGACGUCACCGGACUCCUAGUAAAAGCCCGAGCCAACUUAGGCGUUGAAAGAGAUGGCAAAAUUAGGGCGCAAAAUAUAAAAGUUGACCUAUCAUUUAACACUAUUGCAGUUAACUUUGAAAAUCUUGGAUUUUUCGGAAGUAUGUUCCAAGGUGUGAUUAAUUCCGUCGGCACAUUCGUUUUUGACACUAUUAAGCCUUAUAUUCUCAAAGAAGCUUACGUUAAAGCUCGAACAGUCAUAAAUACGAAACUAGAUGAAGUGGCAGGCGAUAUGCAAUUUCCAAACUCCAUAUCACCAUUAGAUAUGGUAAUAGCGGAUACGAGAAAAAUGAUACGAGAAAUGAAGUUUGAUCCUUAUAAAGUCGACGACUACAAUAAGACAAUGGGCAUAUUUUUAAUAAAACUGUCGCAUACUUGGGUGACUGGUUUAUCAUCAUUCCAAAGAGUGGGCAAUAUAACUCUCAAACUGGAAAAUAACACGAUGAUCGCUGACUUCAGCAUCGGUACACAGAAACUGGAGGGUAUGACGCAGUGGGAAAUCACUGCUGUAAAUGGACUUAUGUCGAGAGCUGGUACUGCUUCCUUCUCAGUAGAAUAUGUGAGUGGGAGGUUGAUUCUCGCUCAACCUCUUGACACUCGAAAAAAACCUGAAUUUAGAGAUUUAGAUCUCGAAGUGGGCAACAUACAGGUACGCUGUGAUGGCGCUGGAACAUUGGACUACGUCAUCGAAUUACUUGUUAACAUCUUACCGAAUCUUUUAAGAUACCAAAUAAUGGACGCGUUGGAAAAUCCCAUUAAAGAAAAGAUACAACAAGAAUUAGAUAAAAUUAAUGUAGAAGAACGAAUCAAACAGGAGUUACCCAGGUUGGAUGAGAUGCAAGAACGUGGUUUCAAACUAUCUAGCUUGAAGGUAUCUGAAGCACAAGAGGCACCUUAUGACGAGGAUGAGUUCUUUAACUUUUGAUUAUCCGAGGAGCACAGUAUUAUAUUAAUAUUGUGCUAGGCAAUAGAGUAGGAAUGCACCGGUACGUAAACGAAGUUGUCUCAAGACCAAUUUUUCGUUUGAAUUCGAAAUUACGUAAAACAAUACUUAUUUGUGAGUUGUAUGAUUCUAACUCUUCAGAAAUGUAUAGAACCAUUUCGAAAACAAUUGUAUAAUAUAUGACAAAAACUAGGCUUCACCAAAAUUUCGCCAUAGCAAACGAUCUUAUGCGUUAUUUUAUUAUACAGAUAUGUUAUUUGUAAAGUGAACAAAGUUUGCUGUAUAAAUUUACAAUUAAUAGAUAUUAUUUUUUAAUAUUAUAUAUAACUUUAUUCUAUAAAAAGAUAAGAAGAAUACCAAGGUUUUUUUUUAGUAAAAUAGUAAAGGUGUGUACUUCUAAUGCUAAUGCUAUUUCUUUUACAUCUAUUUUCUGAAAGCUGAAUAGAGGAAGCUCUCUUGUUUUAUAUGACACUAGGUGUUAUCCCGCGACUUUGGACGCCUAAAUAUAGCCAAAGUUGACCCCGUAUGAUGUAGCUAUCCGUAGGUGAUUUUUUUUAAACUUAGUCCAGUAGUUCAAAGUUUAUUCGAUGCAAACAAAUAAACAAUAAAAUCUUCUCUCUAUAUCAUAUUUGUAUCUAGAAUGUUUUACGGAACAAGUUUAAUAGCAACUUCAGCCAUUGAACUUGGUCCGUAAAACAGUAAGCGGUAAUCAUAAAAUAUAUGAAAAAUGUUAAACUUAUGUCAUAGUAUCAAUUUUGGAAAUAAUUAUCUUAGUAUGUUUUGAUUCAAAAUAUUUAUUUAACAAUUAGGAUUCCUGUUAAUGUAUUAUGCAGACGACAAGGGUCGUUUAUGUCAUUGUUUAGUUUAAAUAUAUUAUUUUGAAAUGAUUUGUACACAUUUUUAAUGCAUUUUUAUUUAUAUAUGUUAGCGUUGAUAUUCUUGAAUCGCUCUUAUCUUGAAGAGUAAGCAAGCUCAAUGAAAUUCUGAAUUCAUUUUGAAUAAGUCAUUGCCACAAGUUCACAAUUAUUUAGUUCUUAAUCAGUGAUGGUUUUGAUAAACAUGUCGUUCAUAUGAUUGCUUGUUCAUAAUUAUUUCUUUUUUAUACUAUUAUUUGUUCCGUUGAUGUAUGUUACUAAAUAUACUCUUUAUGUCACUACAAUAAAUAAUGUUUAUUUAUUUAUUUAAGGUUAACCAACGUUUGUGUUCAAUAUUACAUACAUUCUAGUUACAAUAAAUUUUAUGUUAAAUGACUAACUGUCACAAUCACUUAUAGGUAAACACAACAUGCACUAGAACAUAGAAUAAGUAAGAAACUACACUUUUACACUAGAC